UGCGCAAGCGCACGGUGCGCUGCGGUGCACGGGGCAUGCACGCGCGCGCGCAGCUAUUUUUGCAUUCGUGCGCCUGCUCGUGAUCUAUGCGGCUCGCGUGCGCCCUAUUUCGUGAGAUACUCUCAAGUGCUGCGGUGCUCUCCGAGGCAUUGUGGAGCGCAUCGGUGCCGCGGCGGCUCUGCUGAGAUUGCACGACGCCGCGUCAACUGGGGACGAAAUGGCACAAAAAACAGGCACACCGGUCCUCUUAUGCGUAGGCGUCGCCGCGCUGGCAGCGGUCUUGGCGUCAUUGCUCAACGCCGAGGCCAGCGUGCAAUACAACGCCGCCGAGGGCACCUCCACGGCGAGAACGAUGGCCGACGCGCUGGCGGACGCGCGCUCCACCGCGAACUGGGAUCCGGUCCUCAACGCGAAGGGCGUGCGCGUCUGGAAGCGGGUCGAGCACGCGGAGCGCACGUCCGCUCCGAUGGCAAUCAAGUCCCAAGUAUACGCAGCGGUGCCGCCACGGUUCUUCACGGACUUGCUGCUCACGCGCGACUACGACACGGCCCGCCUCUUCAACCCUACGCUUGACGGAGGUAGUGAUAUUGAGUGGUUCAGCAAGCACGAGCGGAUAAGCCACGUGCGGACGAAGCCGGUGUUAAUUUUAAAACCGAGGGAUUUCGUCGUGCGUGUGCGGCGCGAGAGCCGCAGCGAUGGCACCGAGCUCGUGCUCAACACGAAUACGGUCCAUCGCCUGGCGCCCGUCGCGCAAUCGCACGUGCGCGGCGUUCUCAAUGGCCUUCACCUGGUCGAGCCGCACAAGGACGGGACGGGCUGUGUGUACACGAUGGUUUCGCAGAUGGACCCUAGGGGCUCCAUACCAAUGGUCAUCGUCAACUGGUUCGCGAUGCGCCGGCCGCUCCAGUACAUGGUCGCGCUC